AUGCCGCCUUUACAGCCAGACAGCACACCCCUUGUACAAUCCGACAGCGGCGUCGAUCUGCCAAGCAACAUGCAAUCCAUGCCAUCUAACCCACACCUGCCUAUAUCGCCUCAAGAAGAACCAGAUAUGAGACCAAGUCAGUAUCAUGAAAAUAGCCGAGACACAAUGAUGCAGCAGCCCCAGACCUUCGAAUACGACCUUGAUCCAUGCGAUAUUGACUGGAACUUUCCCAUCAACUGGCUACCAUACAACAACGAAAUUGAGACCAAUUACUGUUCUAUACUGGGUCUAGACGAAAACGCGACCUCACCAAGACCCCUCGACCCCUCGUAUAUAAACAACCAACCUGUGACCCAGACCACCGCAAACGUCUUUGCCAUGGACAACACUCCACAAACAAUCUCAACCAUCGCUUCAAUUUCCCAAAGAAGUGUAGCAGCUGCCUCUCCCCAGCUCAGUGGGACGUCUGAUCGCACGGUACCUGGUGACCUGUACGCUACAAGUUCGAAUGGUGCGCGGAGACCUUGCACGGCUCGGUCAAAGCAGUUGUUUCCACCGCCGGGUGUUGAGAGUUGCAAACAAUUGCGCACUAUUUCUCAAGACUCCAGAUUACAGACUGAGAAUACUGACUGGGCGUUUCCUGACUUGGAUCACAUAAACAUCCAAGACGUCGAGGGUUUUGGUGAGUCAACACUGACAGAAGCAACCUAUGCUAGUAUAUAUGAUUCUUUCGAAAAUACAUGCCUUGAAUCAGCUAUUUUUAGAAACGAAUUUACGUCUUCAGAUUUCCCUCCUCUAGCGGUACUGGACUAUUGCAUAAAGCUCUUCUUCGAACACUUCAACCCAAUCUUCCCGCUUGUGCACCCAACCCUGACGGACCUCAACGCCGACUGGAUACUUGCACUCGCGAUUUGUGCAAUAGGAAGCCAGUAUUCCGCCACCGAGGACAUUGAUGCAUGUGUUCGACCCCUGCAUGAGUUUCUGAGGAGAGCCUUGGUUGUCCGUCUACAGUUGGAAAACUCAGCAAUGAAUCUUGCUUUAGCACAGGCUCUUGUUCUGAAUCAGGUCGGUCUGUUAUACUAUGGUACAAGUGAGUUUCGUCGCAACGAUUACCAACGAGUUGGUGACCUACAAAGUGUCAUCAACCUCUAUUGGAACUCGCAGUUGGAUAGUGACACCAAUACUCUACCAAACCAACAUGAAUCGAAUGUUCAUGAAGCCUGGAAAACAUGGGUUGAAGGGGAGACUUUGAGGAGACUCUCUUACUUUAUCUGGCUUUUGGAUCGCAUGGGCUGCUACUUCUUCACUGACCAUCACGCUGUCACUUUCGAUGUACAAGAAAUAACUUUACCUCGCGAUGACCUGUGGUCUCAAACAUGUUCAUCAGAUUGGUCUCAAAGAUACCGGCGUGUUGAGGAAAAUCCUUCGCUCUCAUCAGCAGUGAGCACUAUCUUCCGCGAUCGAACCGCCAAGUCAGACCUGGGAGAGUUCUCUCGCAUCCUUCUUCUCCACGCAGUGUACCGAGAAUACUCUACCGUAAAUACCUACUGCAAACGACCUUUGUCAUCAUGGAUGCCGCAGAACAACCCCGAUCACCAAAGCGAAGAUUCCAGCGCCCUGAAUCUCACUGAAUCGAAUUGGCGAAAUGCUGCACUCGACUGUGUAGACACACUCCACUGGGCAGCGAAUGGAACGAUAGCUUUGUUACUGGGCGCCGAGCACCCUACUGUUCUUCACUUACAUUUUUCAAGGGUUGUACUGCUUGUACCCAGGGAAAUGCUGAUGAGAUUGGCUAAGUACAUGGAGGCGCCGGAUAGCGUGAGAAAGAUGGAGUCGAAUCAGCAGAAGGCCUUACAAGCUGAACGAGAGAUUUCUGAAUGGGCGCAACAAGAUGGGUCAAAAGCACGACUCGCAGUUCUGCAUUGCGGAUGCUUUCUUUGGCACAUCCGUCGGUACGCCAAGAUGGCUUUUUACGAACCACCAUGUGUAUUCUGGGCGAUCCUCACUCUAUGGGCCUACAGCGUUUACUCAUCCAAGUCAAGACGAUCGUCAGGUGAAGAGCGCAGUGGGAGUGUGACACGUCGUCCAUCGCCAGAUCAUACCAAGGCCAUUUCAGACGACGAGAAUCCGACAUUCAUAAGACUGGAUCGACCCAACGACGACGAAAUGGUUCAACUAUUCGUAAGGGCAGGGGUUUUGAAAGCCUAUAUCAGCGGCGUCGGAGAUAUAUAUGCCCCGACAGCGCCUGCUCGGAUUCUACACGAGGGGAGGAAGAUUCUUGAGUCAGUGUCCUUGGCUUGGGGUCGAAGCACGGAGUAUUUGGAUCUGCUGAAAGCUCUUGGAUAG